CUCUCUCGGAGACUCUCCCUCUAUGCUGGCAAAGUGUUUAUUUUUGCCACCACCAUAAAAACAAAACGCACAGAAUAAUCAGCCAUAACCAUUGUUAACGUUGGGCGGCAGCGUCACCACAAACCGUCCAUUUGCCAGCGGACAUUCGAAGGAGAAACACGGAACCGCGCGCAGCCAAUUUUGCUAUUAAUAUCAUUUUGACGACCAGCCAGACUCCUCCAAAAAAAAUAUUAAAUAAUAAUCAUGUCGCAUCUGUUGGAGAACUUUGCCCGCCCCGAAAAAACCGAAGAGGUGGUUACAUAUGGCAGUCUUGAUUCCGCCGUACAAGAGCUACUGCUGGCCGCCUCUGCAGUGCGUCAGCGUGCCUAUGCUCCAUACAGUGGGUUCAAGGUGGGUGCAGCAUUUCGGGCCACCGUCAGCAAUCAAAUCUUCACCGGCUGCAAUGUGGAGAAUGCUGCAUUUACGCCGUGUUCCUGCGCCGAACGCACAGCCCUCACAAAGGCCGUGAGCGAGGGUGCCACCGAGUUCUCGAUGGGUGCUGUCUUGGCUUAUGAACAGGAUGUAUUUACCACACCCUGCGGCGUGUGUCGGCAGUUUAUACGGGAGUUUGCCACCAGCGAUAUACCCAUCUACAUAGCCCAGGCCAUUGAUGAGAGGAUUGCAAAUAAAGAGGAACCCAUGCGCAGUGAUGAUCCCGUGCUGUGCACAUCAAUUUUUAAUCUGUUGCCGAGCAGUUUUCGCACGUAUAGAAAGUAGUCGUUAGUCGUCGGAGAGAGGAGAACCCGUGGUACAAGCGAAGAGCUUCGAAGCUGCCCCCCCAUAAUCAAAAUUAAUCUAUAUCUUUACAAUCUAAUCAUUUGAAAUAAAGAAAAU